GGAUUUCCCCUCUCCUUCAGUGUGUGUCCAUGGUUCUUCAUGCAACAGAGUGACUUACACUGACAGAAGCAUCUGUGCCUUUAAAGGCUCUUCAGUUGACAUUUCUUGCACUUACAGCAGUUAUCAAUCUAUCAAAUCUAAAUUCUGGUUCAGUAAUGAUCAGCCGCAGCGUUACAUACGACCUGUGGACCUUGAAGACUCCCAGUACUCACGUCGUGUUUAUGUCCUUGAAGCAGAGAGAGGACGCUCCACUCUGAGAAUCACUGACCUGACAGAGGGAGAUUCAGCUGAGUAUCGCUUCAAAUUCAAAACACAAGGGUUUGAAUGGGGGAGCAGCUUACGUGGUACAACUCUGACUGUCACAGAUCCAGAUGUGCAGGUGCAGGUGAUCUGGACUUCUACCGGUCCAACACUGAUUUGUUCCAGCAGCUGUCUUCUCUCUGCUCGUUCUUCCUUUGUCUGGUACAAGAGAGAAAAAGAAAUUCAGGGAGAGACGUCUCCAUCUUUUAGAGGACACGUUGAUCCUGAGGACAGUUAUUCCUGUGCUUAUGAGGGUUACCGCUCUCCUCCAGUGUAUCCUCCGAAGGUCUCAGUGUUGAUGAAUCCCUCUGGUGACGUAAUGAAGGACAGUUCAGUGAAUCUCACCUGUAGCAUCGAUGCUAACCCAGCAGCUAAAUACACCUGGUACAAAGAGAAGCAGUUACUGCUCAGUGGAGAACCGCAGCUUGUUUUCACCUCCGUCCAGUCCUCCGACUCUGGAGAGUAUUACUGCACAGCUGAGAAUGAGCUGGGGAAGACGACAUCUGAAUAUGUCUCACUUAAUGUGAAAUAUGGUCCUCAGACCUCCACUCUGUCAGUGAGUCCCUCUGGUGAGAUAGUGGAGGGCAGUUCAGUGACUCUGACCUGUAGCAGUGAUGCUAACCCAGCAGCUAAUUACACCUGGUACAAGGAGAAUGAAGACUCACCAAAAGCUUCAGGACAGAUCUUCACCAUCACUGACCUCAGACCUGAACACAGUGGGAAUUAUUACUGUGAAGCCCAGAACACAAGAGGACGUCGUAACUCCACCUUAAAUCUGACUGUUGUAGCAGGUAAAUCAGUAUUAAUUAUGAACAUCAUCAGGUUGACUCUGGUGGUCCUGAUGCUGAUUCCACUGGUCGUCUUGAGUCUGUGGACGAGGAAGAAGAAGAAAACUCUGAGUUUAAACUCUGAACCAAAUGAAGCUGUAGAGAUGAUGGAGGUAGACUCUUGUCCUGGUUAUGAGAACAGCACCACUGCAGCACAGACACAAGACACAGAGGAGCAGGAAGACCUGGUGUGAAGUUACAGUCAGAUGAUGUUGAAGCAAAGGUGGGACUCACCUGGUGGAAACAGGAAGUAGAACAUUGAUUUCAGCUUUAAAGAUUUUUCUGUUAAUUUUCUACUUAUUAUUUUAUUUAGCAGCUAUGAAGACAGAUAAAGUUUAAAUCUGUUCCUUUGUUCUGAUUGAUUUUCCUCAGUUUUGUCUCUAUAUGGAUGAAAUGUGCCACAGUGCAGUAGUUUAUUAGUAUUCAGGAUGUUACUGAUAUGAAGAUGCAAAGACAGUUUUUAUUGAAGAGGACCUGAACUUCCUGUAAAUCUCUGGGGUCACUCAUCAAAGCAGAAUGUAGUUCACUAAAUGUGAAGCCUUUUCAGAAUAAAAGUCCAUUGUUGACAGCGUGUGCAACACCCUAAUUAUAAUUUGAGGAGUUUACCGUUGUAAUAUGUCAAAGAUGUUUGUCACCAGUGUGAACUAAUGACACGUCCUGAACUUAAUCUCUGUAAAUAACUUAAAGUGUAAAUAGUUUCAAUCAUAAAUGUGUAAAUAAAGCACCAAGAGUAAAUGUGAUUAAUCAAUGGAUGGUAAAAUGUUUUCUCAUGGCUCUGAUCUGGUAUCUCUAAUGUUGUUUAUAUCUUUUAAUGAUCAUGAAGCCUGGCUCACCAGGGUCGACAAGUCAGGCCGUUGUUGUCUUCUGAACUCUGAGCGUCAUGUUCGGUUCAAAAUGGCGCCAGGCGGCCUCCGACCUCCAGGGGGCCUCCGACCUCCAGGGGGCCUCCGACC